UAAAUGUUGAACAGGACAUGCAAAUAUUCAAUCCUCAUCGAUGGACGAUGUGAUUAUGAUUGUUCCUUCAUAUAGCUUCGUCAAAUCAAUCCACAAGUCGCUAUCGGGAACAAAUAACAUAUCUAAUCUCAAACUUCUUACAGGUUCUAUUGACGUUCUAUACAUAUUUUUCAGAUUCUUUACUGGUUCUUGAAGUUACUCAAGAGUUUUCGUUAACUUUUGCGGAUAUUCAUGGUUUGAAAGUCAUCUUUUUGGAUGCAUUUGUUGGAUGGACCUGUCAGUUUGCAUCUUCACUCCCUCCUUCCCUCAGUGACAACACUGGAGGGAUCCGCAUGGCUGGAAUAGUCAAUAACAUAGUAAUGGAGACGCUUGCCUUUAUUGAUGACAUUACAAAUGAAUUAAAAUUGGGAUAUUCCGAAGUACCGAAACCCCUGAUGGAUUUUUCAAAUCACCUGAAGUUUGUGAUGAAAACUUCAUCUAGGCGUGCGUUUGGCUGGAUUGAUUAUUGUUGUAAAUUAAGGAGUUACUGUAGCAGGAUGUUACAUUGUAUCAACUUCACAAAUACAUCUUUGGCAAGUUAUACUUCUUAUUGUAUAAGUUUACAUCUAGUCUUCUGAAGAGGAUUUAGAAAAAGUGUUUGAACCGUAUUCGAAAAUUCCGUGCACCACCUUAAGCAUUUCAGCAUUAAAAACAUUAACUAAACGUGAAGUAAUGAAAGACACUGUUAAUACUGAGAACUCAUUAAUCUCAUUGCAUAUUCAUAUGGAUUCAAACUUGUUCAGUAACAUUUACAGACUGGCGUAUGAUAAAAGCGGUAUUAUACAGAUCAUUGAACAGGUGCAAACAGAUUGCCAGGAUCUAAAUAAAGCAGAUAAUAAAAACUUACCCAGUCUUGUCAACAUUCAACAACAUUUACUUAAAUUGUCAUCAGUUUUUAUUACUUUGGAUACUUUGAGGCGAUUCAGUGACGAAAUACCACUUGAACAACUCCAAACACCAGUAAUUUUAGCCGAUAGUAAGGGAUUGAAACAUACGCCCAUAAUUAGUGGUAAUGAAAACGCCGAUAUGAAUUGUGAACGAAAAGGAAAAAGAUUAGUUGACAAAUGUUGCUUUGAACAAUUUUGUGGACCAUCACCCUCAACAUCAGUGUGUACACCUGUCCCUAAAGAAAAGAAGAAAGUUCGGAAGUAUAUAAUCCAUCUUCCGAAAGAGGAAUGGAAAUCACACAAAACACCUUGGACGAUUGAAGAAUCUAUAGCAUUAUGGCAUGGAGUAAUGUAUGCUCCUGGUUCAAAAAGUUGGUCUCAAAUCUGGCAUCAAUCCUUUCGACAUAGUAAUCGUAGUCAAGUAAAUUUAAAAGACCGGUGGCGUGUAAUAGAUAAUAGUGCAACUAUUAAAAAUGCAAUUCGACAGGCGUACGUUAGUUGGACAUCACAGUUUACAGAUGGAAAAGACAGUUCAGUCAGAUAUAAUCGUUUACCAAUCCCAAUUAUUGUACGUACCUGUCAAUCAACUUGAUCUUUGUAUUUUCUGAAUCUUAAUCGAUUAAAUGUGCAAUAUAUACAAAUAUUUUCUUAAAUUCAAA